AUGGCAUUCGAAAAGGGAGCAUCUAGUUUGAAGAGCGUGAAAAUCAUUGAAACUGGAAAUGGGGAUGGAACUAACAAUUUGGCUACUGAAAAGAAGUAUUAUGUGCUUGUUGUGGACGAUGAUGCUGUCAUUAGAAAAAUCCAUAGCAUGAUCCUGAGCAAAUUUCCAGUGGAAAUUCAAGUGGCUAAAAAUGGAAAAGAAGCAGUUGAUCUUUUUUGCUCUGGGGCUUUCUUUGAUCUUGUUCUUAUGGAUUUCGAAAUGCCCAUCAUGAAUGGAUUUGAGGCAACAAAGGAGCUUCGAGCUAUGGGGGUCAAUAGCAUGAUUGCUGGAGUCACUUCACGUGCUUCAGACUCUGAAAAGAAAGCUUUCAUGGAGGCAGGUCUAACUCACUGCUAUGCAAAGCCAUUAACAGUUGAAAUAAUCAAAACUCUCCUCCAGGAGCUCAACGAGAACAACUAA